AUGUCAUCACCAACUCUGACAGCAAUUCAAACGCAAAUAAAUUUCUAUGCAAAUCCAGCUGUUGCGAUUUUAGGUGGUAUCGGUAAUAUAUUUGUUAUUAUAAUUUUCAGUCAACAACAUCGAAAUGCAUGUUUCCUGUAUCUAGUUACUGCAGCAAUAUUCAAUACGAUCUAUUUAGGAUUUAAUCGGAUUUUACAAUAUGUUCCAUUUUAUUAUCUGGAUGAAACAGCACGAGCAUUCUUCUUAUGUAAACUUCGGUUUUAUGCUCCAACUGUUCUUGGACAAGUGGCCAAGACAAUGAUUGUUUUUGCAUGUAUUGAUCGGUAUAUGAUUACAAGUAAUCGUGCUACUUUUCGAGCAUUAAGUACCUCUAAACGUGCAAAAUAUCUCAUAGUUUUUGCAAUUAUUUUUUGGUUCUUAAUUUCAAGUCACGUUGCAGUCGGGACAACAAUUAAUAAUGGUCAAUGUGGUACAUUUGGUGUUUAUGCAACAGUUUUCAACAUUUUUAUCAUUAUAGUUAUUGGCUCAAUUCCACCUAUUACGAUGAGUAUAUGUGGCUAUUUAACAUAUCGGAAUAUGAGGCGACUACGUCAUCGUAUUCAACCAGCUGUAAACAAUACAAAUGAAGGAAACGUUAACAUUCGACAAAGAGAUCGAGAUUUAUUAACUAUUGUCAUGUAUGAAAUAUUUAUUUAUGUUUUGACAGCAUCUUUAUAUCCAAUAGUUCUUGUGGAAACAAUGAUUAGUAAUAAUACAGCGUCAAAUAAAAGUGCUCAGUAUUUACAAGUUGAAAAUUUUCUACUUUUUAUAUCAUUUUUAUUAUUAAAUGUGAAUAGUGCUGCAGCUUGUUAUAUUUACCUUAUUUUAUCAAAAUCAUUUCGUCGAGAUUUUAAACAAUUAUUUAUGUAUACCUAUCGAAAACUAACAAGACAAACAGAAGUUGUGACUCAACACGGACCACCUGCAACAAUAAAAAGAAACACCCAAGUUUAA